AUGCUACAUGCACACACCCUCUUCCUAGUUUCUACCAGCUUCUGUUGAACCGUUCUUGUAAGUCUUCUAUUUAAGUAAAUUGAAGGUUUCAAGUUUCAGCUGAAGUGAAGUACUUGGAGCCAUGGCAGCCACAGCAAGCACUGGCACUGUCCUUAAACCAACACCUUUCCUUGGCCUAAGUAGGGGAAUUAAUGCCAACCCUCUUAGAGAUGUUGUCUCCAUGGGAACUGGCAAAUACACCAUGGGAAAUGAACUGUGGUAUGGACCAGAUAGAGUGAAAUACUUGGGACCCUUUUCAGCUCAGACCCCUUCAUACUUGACUGGAGAAUUCCCAGGGGACUAUGGAUGGGACACUGCUGGGUUGUCUGCUGAUCCUGAAGCAUUUGCCAAGAACAGGGCUCUUGAGGUGAUCCAUGGGCGUUGGGCUAUGCUUGGAGCACUAGGUUGCAUCACCCCAGAAGUGCUUGAGAAGUGGGUAAGAGUGGACUUCAAGGAGCCAGUUUGGUUCAAAGCAGGAGCUCAGAUAUUCUCAGAGGGUGGCCUUGACUAUUUGGGGAACCCCAACCUUGUACAUGCACAAAGCAUCUUGGCAGUCCUAGGCUUCCAAGUGGUUCUCAUGGGACUAGUUGAAGGGUUCAGAAUCAAUGGCCUUCCAGGGGUUGGAGAGGGCAAUGAUCUCUACCCUGGUGGUCAGUACUUUGAUCCUCUUGGCCUUGCUGAUGAUCCUGUCACCUUUGCUGAGCUCAAGGUCAAGGAAAUCAAGAAUGGAAGGUUGGCCAUGUUCUCCAUGUUUGGAUUCUUUGUCCAAGCCAUUGUGACUGGGAAAGGACCUCUUGAGAACCUUUUGGACCACCUUGACAACCCUGUGGCCAACAAUGCUUGGGUCUAUGCCACCAAGUUUGUGCCUGGGUCUUGAAUUUGGCUUUUCUUGGCCUGGUUUGUGUUAAUGAGUACCAUGAUAUGGAGUGGAAGUUUCCUUGUAGAUUAAUUACUAUCACAAUGUUUUUCAGAUUAGUGGACUGGACUUUUUAAGGUUCAUUUUAAAACUGUUGAUUUAUUAAACAGAUGAAUUGGAAGACACAGCAAUGUUAAAUUAAGGAAGAAAGUGACUUGACUUAUAUUAUGUAACUAGGAUAAUUAAAAAAUGGACUAUCAAUUCAAUUUUUCUGUA